AUGGAUGAAAAAGAGAAGUUGUUGAAAGUGCUCAAGGAGCACAAGACAGCUAUUGGGUGGUCUAUUUCUGAUUUGAAGGGCAUCAACCAUUCUUUCUGUACUCACAAGAUGCUAAUGGAAGACAAUGUUAAACAUGUGAGACAAUCUCAGAGAAGACUAAACCCCACAAAGAAGGAAAUCCAUCAGUGGUAUGAAGAACAAUGUUCUAAAUCUGGGAAUUGGGGCCGCAUACACGGAAAUCGAGUGGGAGUGGUGGGGUGUGUUUUGUGGUGGUGGAAUGAGCUCUGGUACGUUGUUCCUCUCAGAGUCAAGUGUUCAGCUUCUGGCACCAAGUUGCCACGAGGCCACAUGGGCUUUCCUUUCGUUGGAGAAAUGAUUAGCUUCCUGUGGUACUUCAAAUUUCUUGGACGCCCAGAUGACUUUAUCAAUGCUAAGCGACGCAAAUAUGGCGAUGGAGUAGGCAUGUUCAGAACGCACCUCUUUGGGUCACCAACCAUGAUAGUAUACACACCACCACUUAACAAAUUUGUGCUCCAUUCAGAGGACAAGUUCAAACAAGAAUGGCCUACUGUUGAACUCAUGGGUACUGCUUCCAUGUUGGCAGUCCAUGGGAAGGCCCAUGCUCGGGUCCGCAGCUUUGUCACCAAUUCCAUAAACCGGCCUGACUCUCUACGCCGCAUCGCUCUUCUUGUCCAACCUCGCAUUGUCAAUGCUCUUCAAUCCUGGGCAAAAAUGGGAAAAAUCAAUGCCAGAGUUGAAACCCAUCAGCUGGGAAUUCAGAACAUUGGGAAAUUAUUUGCGAGCAUGGAGCCAGGUCCUCUUCUGCAUUCCUUGGAUAAGCUCAUUCAUGGCAUGCUUCCGGGAUUGAGAGCCUACCCACUCAAUUUUCCUGGUUUUGCUUAUCAUCAUGCUUUCCAGUGUAGAAAGAAGAUUGAGGACAUUUUCUGGAUGGAGUUAGGUAAGAGAAAGAACGAGACUGAGGGGGAAAUAAUUGAUCUAAUGGACGGUUUGAUGCGUAUUGAAGAUGAUGAAGGUCACAGAUUGAGUGACAUAGAAGUGGUACACAACAUUGUUUCUCUAAUGAUUGGUGGAUAUGUCUCUACGGCCCUUGUAUCGAUGUGGGCUAUUUACCUUCUUGCUAAGUAUCCAACAGUGCUCAGAAAGCUAAGGGAAGAGAACACAGCUUUCAAAAAGGGAAGUCCGGGGGAUUUUAUUACCGCUGAAGAUGUUUCAAAUUUAACAUACACAAACAAGGUCGUUGAAGAAACAAUAAGAAUGGCCAAUGUUGCAUCAUUUGUUUUCAGAAAAGUUGAGAAAGAAAUCAAUUAUAAAGGUUACAAGAUUCCGAAGGGAUGGAAAGUAAUUUGCUUUCUUCGGUACUUUCAAACGAACCCAGAGAACUUUAAGGACCCCAUGUAUUUUAACCCUGAUAGAUGGAACGAGCCGGCAAAGCCUGGAACUUAUCAAGUCUUCGGCGCUGGACAAAGACUAUGCCCCGGAAACACGCUUGCUAGAAUUCAACUUGCACUUCUGCUUCAUCAUUUAUCCAUAGGAUACAAGUGGGAACUCCUUAACCCAAAUGCAGAUAUGAUAUAUCUUUCACAUCCAGCACCAGUAGAUGGGGUUGAAGUUAAGUUCAGCAAAUUGUGA